UCGCUCCAAUGACUAUCAGAGGGUGAAGUGUCUCCAUUGUGCAUAAAGUGCGCUUUAUAUGAUUACAAAAGCCCUUGUUUUGUACCUCAUAUAGUGCACUUAUACAGGGAAUAAGAAAGUAUUUGGGGCUCAGCCUGUGUUUGUGGCUCUAGCAGGCACUCGGUAGUGCAGUAAUGCUGCUACAGUAACGACAAGCAGCGAGCAAGGUGUGUGCUCUGUGCUCUUGUGUCUGUGGUGGACUUCAGAAACCAUGAGUCGCUUUUUGAAUUUGUUAAGGAGCUGGCUUGUCAUGGUGUCUGUGAUCGCACUGGGCAACACUGUACAGAGCUUCCGCGACCACAGCUUUCUGUCUGAGAAACUUUACAUUGGCACACCAGAUUUUGUAAAUGGCCUUCAAGCACGGACCUUUGGAAUAUGGACCUUACUGUCAUCCAUCAUUCGCUGUGCCUGUGCUAUUGACAUUCAGAACAAGACGCUUUACCAUGUCACAUUGUGGACAUUUGUUCUGGCUCUUGGACACUUCCUGUCUGAAGUUUUUAUGUACAAAACAGCUCAACUUACCAUUGGAGUUAUGGCUCCUCUUUUUGUGGCAGGUUGUUCUAUUGUGGGCAUGUUAAUUGGGUUCCAGUGUAUCAUAGAGCCGGAAGAAGUAACUGGAGCGAGGCAGAAGAAAAGGAACUGAAUCUAUGCCCCAGUGACUCGUUAUGGCUCAGUAUCACUCACACUCAGGAGAACACUGGAUGGGUUCAUCACUGCUGACUAAGGACAAAGACAACCCGAUUGAACAGAGCCAUAUCUAUUCACACUUUCACUUGCCACUGUGUGGACUAGAAGAAGUGCUUGUUUUCUAAUACUGUUGGCCAAGCACAUCAUAUUAUAGGAGUGUUGAAAAUAUUCUCUUCACAGGCAUUGAUCCCAAGACAAGCAUGCACAGUUUAUUAGUAUUUAGCUGUUCUUAAAUGAAAUUUAUAUAUGUGCAUGUCAUGCCAUGUACUCCUGCAUGUGGCCUUGAAAUAAGAAUACUUCUUCUCAGUUGCCAAAUAUAAACAGUAAUAAACAAAUGCUUUAUAUGAAAUA